UUACAUAAAUGGCACUUGAUCUUGAUUUUCAUGUAUUCCUUGUGUGAGGCAGCUCCAGAAAGUGGAACUGAACCUAGAGCAAAAACAAAACAAAGAAAAAAAAAAAAAACAAAGAAAAAAACAACAACUACCAGCUCACACAAUGGGAACUUUAAUAAAAAUCCUGUUAGGAAGUAUAUGUGUUGCUUUUGUAGCUGUCAAGUGGAAUGCACCCAGUUUUGACGCAGAAUCCCUCAGAGGUGCCAGGGUACUGGUGACUGGGGCCAGUACAGGCAUUGGUGAACAAAUGGCAUAUCAUUAUGCCCGCUUUGGAGCUCAGAUAGUUAUUACUGCAAGGAGGGAGAAAGUGUUACAGCAGGUUGUAGAGAAGUGCUUGAGUUUGGGUGCCGAGAAAGCAUUUUAUAUAUCAGCCGACAUGAGCAGCGAGUCAGACCCUGACAAAGUGGUAGAUUUUGCUCUGCAAAAGCUUGGGGGCUUGGAUUACCUGGUUCUCAACCACAUUGGCCCGAGCCCCUUCAGCAUGUGGGAUGGAGAUGUGGAACACGUCAAGUGGCUGAUGAAGGUCAAUUUCUUCAGCUAUGUCCAGAUGGCUUGGAAAGCUUUGGACUCCCUUGAGCAAAAUAAAGGAUCAUUGGUGGUUGUUUCGUCACUUUUAGGUAAAAUGUCCAGUCCCUUUGUGGCACCAUAUACUUCAACAAAAUUUGCCUUGAAUGGUUUCUUUGGGGCCCUUCGGCAUGAGCUAGCCAUGAAGAAGAGCAACGUGUCCAUCUCCAUAUGUACACUGGGUCUCAUUGAUACAGACUCAGCUAUGGAGAAAGUCAGGGGAGUCACUGAUGUACCAGCAUACCCAGCCACAGAUGCAGCCUUGAACAUAAUCACCACAGGAGCUACGAGACAGCUAGAGCUCUUCUACCCUUGGUUCACCCGCGUUGUGACUCUAACCAAAGACUGGUUCCCUUCUAUUACAAACUAUAUCAUCCAGAACUCCUAUAAGUACAGUCCAUGAAGAACACCUAUCUGUAGUACUGGUAAACAUGUCCUUGAUUCAAUACAUGGACAUAUCUUAGGGUUAGAGCUUUGACAUAAUAUUUAUGAUGUAGUGAUAUUCAUGGGCCAUGAUAACUCUGUGGACUACAACUAGAGUAGUCCCCUUUCCGAAUUUAGCCUUUAUUUUGUGGUUUACCCUUACUUUUUUUUUGCCCUAAUACUUAACUCUCCAGCUGGAAAAUAAUUUUCAUCACAGGCAAAUGGAUCAGGUUACUAUAUAAAACAAACUGAACCUUGUCCUCCUUUCCUCAUCUUGCUUUUGGGAGAGGUCCAGUUAUAAAGAAAAAAAAACACCCACAGGGAGAAGAGCUCAUGGUUUGGGUUUGUUUCCCUUUGGCCUACCUCAAAGAGAUUAAAAAGGGGUUAGUUCCUAUCUGCAGCUUACAGCCAGUGCGCCACACCACCAGCUACUGCACCAACAGCUAACAGGUGCACAUUCACAAAAAAAUCCACCUGGUUUACCACCAUGUCUUCAGAAAAGAACACAUGGGGCAGCAUACCGUGGGAUAAUGUCCUGCCUGCAAGUCACAGCAGGAAGAGGAAGGUGCGUAAGACCAGAGGAUUGAGAUUCAGUGGGGAUUGGGGCAUCAGACUUUUCACAUGACAGAAACUCUGUGGUAAGAGCAACAGACUUGAUAAAAGGAGGAAACAAAUAAAAACAUUUCUUCU